CUGAACUUUUUCAGUUCUGCUGUAGUAGAGGGUAUUAAAUGUAGGAUUUAUACAGUAGCAUGGUGAUGGUCUGUGCUUUGGCCUCUAUUUCUUUCCAAAUAAUCCUGAGUGCUCUGUAUACUUCUGUGGGUAAAGUUUCUUCUCUGAUACAGAGCAAUGAGACAGUAGCUCCAUGGAACUUUCUACCAUUGAGAUCUUUCUCCUGGGUGGCAGUGAUCUGUUUGGGGUCCAUCAGUGCAUAUGGGAGGCUGGGAUUGGCUCCCCUGUAUGUUCUCCGCUUCACUUGCCAUGUUGUUAUUCAGUCUCUGGUUCUGUACCAAUAACUUUGAGUCACCAGCAGUCUCACCUCACUGUUCAUGCUGUUCUAGAUCAUGGAUGAAUACUGAAUGGCACAUGUCCCAGCACAGAGGCCUGCAGAACUGCACUGUAACCUCCUCCCUCCUACUGCAAGAAUGGAAAGCUUACUCCUUCCUAUUUUUAGCCAGAUGUUUAUCCAUGUGAGGACUUUCUUAGGCCCUAACUGCUAAUGGUUCAUGUCACGGCUGCUUACCUCACCUAUUAUUGCAAGUGUAAUGUCUUUGCUGAGACCUCUUUUGCUGGAUGUCAUCCCAACUAUUCAACAGACUGCUGCUUUGGCUCUUGGGAGACUUGCCAAUUAUAACGGUGACCUGGCAGAGGCAGUCGUGAAGGGAGACAUUCUUCCACAGCUUGUGUGUUCAUUGUCUGAGCAGAAUCGUUUCUACAAGAAGGCAGCUGCAUUUGUGCUAAGAGCAGUUGGUAAACAUUCUCCACAGCUAGCUCAGGCAGUAGUUCAGUGUGGAGCACUGGAAAUGCUUGUGAUUUGCUUGGAAGAUUUUGACCCUGGAGUCAAAGAAGCUGCAUCUUGGGCACUUGGGUAUAUUGCUCGACACAAUUCAGAACUGUCACAAGCUGUGGUGGAUGCAGGCGCUGUUCCUCUUUUAGUGCUCUGUAUCCAGGAGCCAGAAAUUGCUUUGAAAAGGAUUGCUGCUUCAACUCUCAGUGAUAUUUCAAAGCAUUCUCCAGAGUUAGCACAGACAGUAGUGGAUGCAGGAGCUAUUGCUCACUUAGCUCAGAUGAUCCUGAACCCUGAUGCUAAACUGAAGCGUCAGGUGCUGUCAGCUCUAAGCCAAAUAGCAAAGCAUUCAGUGGAUCUUGCAGAGUUGGUGGUUGAAGCAGAAAUUUUCCCAGUUGUGCUCACAUGCCUGAAGGACUCAGAUGAAUAUGUCAAGAAAAAUGGUGCAACUUUAAUUAGAGAGAUAGCAAAGCAUACGCCUGAGCUUUCACAGUUUAUAGUAAAUGCAGGUGGAGUUGCUGCUGUGAUUGAUUGUAUUGGCAGCUGCAGAGGGACUGUCAGACUGCCUGGCAUCAUGAUGCUUGGUUAUGUAGCAGCUCAUUCGGAGAACCUGUCAAUGGCAGUGAUUGUCUCCAAGGGAAUACCACCACUGUGUGCCUGCUUGAUAGAAGAACAUGAAGAUCAUAUUAAGGCAGCAGCUGCUUGGGCCUUGGGACAGGUUGGAAGACAUACUCCUGCGCAUGCACGUGCUGUUGCAGUAGCAGACGUGCUACCCACACUGCUUGCUAUAUAUAUGGACACACGCGGUUCAGAAGAUCUUCAAAUGAAAACUAAAAAAGCCUUAAAGAACAUCCUUCAGAAAUGCACAUAUCUUCCAGCGCUUGAACCAUUGCUGCAUGAUGCCCCUCCCAAUAUUAUGAAACAUAUUGUUGGGCAGUUUAGUAAGGUGCUACCACAUGACAGUAAAGCACGUCGUCUCUUUGUAACAACUGGUGGACUUAAAAAGGUUCAAGAAAUAAAAGCAGAACCUGGGUCACUUCUUCAGGAAUAUAUCAACACCAUUAACAAUUGCUAUCCAGAGGAAGUAGUAAGGUAUUAUUCCCCUGGAUAUUCUGAGACACUUCUGGAAAGGGUGGAAAAUUACCAUCCAGUUUUAUAAACUUCAAUUUUUUAUUAGAGCUGUAUUUCACUUUUAUGCCUCACUGUAAUACAAAUACAGCUGUUGAAACUCUUGUUUGAUUCUGAAAUCUCCUUCUACUGUUUGAACUGCUGAAAGAGCUCAGCAAUUCCAGUAAGCUAUCUUUUGUUCUUUAUAAAGUUGUUUGUUGCUAAA